UUGAAGAUGGUUAGGGUUUCUCCAGAGAUUGGCGUGCUAAUUGGCUUUUGGAUCUUUUAUUUUCAUAAGAUGGAGAUAUUCAAGCGAUUAUUUGGGAGCCUACUGCAGAAUUAUGCAACUGACCUGACUUUGAUGGCUGAGAGGGGAGAGUUGCAGGCGGUAAUUGGAAGAGAGAAGGAGAUGGAGCAACUCAUAGAUGCCUUGUUGAAGAGACGGAAGAGUAACCCCUGCCUUGUCGGCGAUGCCGGCGUCGGCAAAACUGCCAUUGUUGAAGGGUUAGCAAUCAAAAUUGCUCAAGGCUCAGUUCCAGAUAAGCUCAAAGGAAAAAGGGUAUUAAUUAAUUUGAAAUUUGGAUCAUAAUUAACAACGAAACAGCAAGCUACAGUUCCUUGUU